AUGUCGGAAACCAUUGAUUCGCAGACGAUCGAACAGAUCAUCCCGGGCACACAACCCGGUGUGGAUGACAACACAUCCAACCCAGUAAUUUCAUUGACCGACCAGAACGAACAUACCAUCUUGACUGUGCCGGUUAGCCAGGUACAGAAGCAGGAUGCGUUGCAGAGGAUUGCUGAGCUCAGCCAUAAAUCGGCUACCCUCGCAACCCAAGGUAGAUCACAAGAGGCAUCAGCGAGUCGAGAAGGCGGUGCCGACAGCACACCAAGCCAAGACGCUGCAAACCCGAGGAAGCGCAAAUACAACAAGGUGCUCUCCAAGGAGACCCACGAGGCGGUUUGGGAUCGCCUCAAGACUGUCAAAUUCAUAUUUCGCAUCAGCUACCUGCUCGAGUUACGCCCUCGGAACGAAGAAGACCUUGUCGAAUACUAUUUCGGCGACGUGAAUGGUCCAUCCGCGGACUUUGUCAAGAAAUAUGUCCACAACCGCAUCGUGGGCAUAUCGGGCACCUGGCAAUACCGCUGCUUGGAGAGACUCAUCCAUACCCAGGAGAUGCCGAUAUUCGCCACGUUCAAGACCGGGGAACAACUCCACACAUACCUCAAGACCCUCUACACUCACGACCUUUUCGUCGAGUUGUUCGACUUUUGCAACGGACACAUCGACAUUGCUGGAAGUGAACGGGAUGUUCACAAGUGGUGUCGUGCACUCUUUGUCGAGCUCCUGACGUGUGCUAAGAAACAUGUCGAUUGGCUGCAACUGGGCCCUUCGCGGCCGAUGGAGACUCUCGCAGAUGGAACCCCUGUGUGCAACAGGGCAUGGCUCAUCAACCGCUGGAAGAGCAUCGCCGGCGCCAAGAGCUGGCAGAAGAUUCGCUUCGACCCCAAAAAUGUGAAGCGUGUCCCCAAGGCACUAGCCAAGAGAUACCAACCCAAGAAGAAGCCCGAAUUCCAGAGCGUGAAUGAUGAUCCGGAGACAUACAUUCCAUCGGACACGGAAGACAAAAAUGACCAUUGCUUGUUACAACAUCAUUCAGGAGGCGACUAUGACUUAGCAUUUGGCGAGGAGGACGGCAUUUACCAAGAGUAA